AUGGCCCUCCUGAUGCAGGCUUCGCUCCACAUCGCUCUAGCCUUGCUUCUCAUCGGUCCUGGAACCCCUGUACAAGCGUUUCACUAUCACCACCGCCACCACCACCACCACCACCAUCGGCUGAGUAGCUUUUCCUGGGAUAACUGUGAUGAGAAGGACCCUGCCAUGGUCAAUAGCCUGACAGUGGAACCUGACCCCGUUGCUGUUCCUGGGAAUGUGACUAUCAGUGCUGAGGGCCAGACCAGCGUUCCCUUGGAGUCUCCUCUAAAGGUAGAAUUAACACUAGAGAGGGAAGUUGGAGGCUUCUGGAUCAAGAUUCCAUGUGUGGAACAGAUUGGCAGCUGUACCUUUGACGACUUCUGCAGUGUACUUGACAACUUCAUUCCCCCUGGCGAGCUGUGCCCUGAGCCCCUGCAUGCCUAUGGGCUUCCAUGCCACUGUCCAUUCAAACCAGGGACCUAUGCGCUGCCCAAGUCUGAUUUCGCUUUGCCUGACCUGGACCUGCCCAGCUGGCUCAGCACUGGAAACUACCGCGUUGAGAGCAUCCUAAGCUACAAAAAUAAGCGCCUGAGCUGUGUCAAGAUCGCCAUCUCUCUCAAGGGCAAAUAA